AUGGCUUCUCCGUCGAGGGGUCGGCUAUUACAGCUGAUGCAGGUAUGCUUGAGCCCAGCAACUGACCGCGCCGCAGGCCAACUGCUGGCCAAACUUCACGAUCCCUUCAGGGUGCAUCCUGCUAAUCGGCCUAUCAUUCUACAGCUUCAAUGCUCAAUCUUCUCUACGACCUUCAACCCCAUGCAGCAGCGAUUGGGCAACAAAAUCCUGCGUCAGCGACUAAGAGGCCCUGCGUUGGCCUCGUACUACCCCAGACGAUCGGCCACUGUGGAAGAUGUUCUGAACGAAUUCAAAAAGUUUGAUCUGGAGGGUUUCAACGAAGAGGAAGAUGACAGACUGGAAAAUGUGGCCUUUGCUAAGUUAAGAGGAAAGGGUGCGCCCAAAAAGAAGAAAACGGCAGCAGGUACAGUCGCCCAACUCGCCGGUGGCCUGCACGAAACUAAUGCAUCCUGCAGAGGGUCGCGCCCACAAGAAGAGGAAAUAAUCUUAGCUACACACGGUCUCGGAUUGCUGUAUAUCACCAUUGAGAUACCCACAACAAAUUUGAUACAUGCUCGGUUUGCGACUCUCAUACCCUUGCUAGCGCGGCCACCAGGCCUACUUGCACUCAAUCUCUGGCAGCGAUCCUCAACCUCUAUAUUCGCGCCCAAAAGCUUUGCCCGACUCUUGACAGUCGCAGAUUUUCCCUUUGCAUAA